AUGAGUGGAGAUCAGAAUAACGAAGAGCUUAGGAACAAACUCAGAGAGGGUAUUAAAGAGCUUCAGGAAUGUGCUAAUAUAGAAAUCGCUGUUGGUUCACAGUUGGACCGAGUAAAAGCACAAAUUGAAGAAUUAAAGAGCCAAAUUGCAGCAGACACAGCAAAAGUUGAAGAACUUUCAUCAUUAUAUCAAAAUGAUGAAUCAUUAGCUAAGGAUGAAUUGGGUGGAGAACCAAUUCAACAAGAACCACCAAAAUACGAAAAAGAAAUUGAUCAAAUUAACGAAUUAGAAGAGAAAAUACGACAGCUUUCAAAAAGGAAGGCAGAACUAUUAAGCAAAGCUCAAAAAUAA